GGGACGUCCAGGACCAGCGCCGCCGCCAUGCGCGCCGCCGGGCUCGUCAACUUCCUCCUCACGGGGGUCUGCCUCACGCCGGACUACGAGGUCCUCAAGAAGAACAACACGCUCAAGCGAGAGGUGGAGUUGCUGUCGGACGACACCCACAUCCCCCAGGAUGUGUGCCUCAUCCCGGAUAAGAACCUGCUCGCUGGAAAGAAGCUCACCAUCGCGACCUGGCAGGACUGGCCGUCGAGCGGCACGCGCAAGGAUGAGAACGGCAACCAGGUCGGCGACGGCUUCGCUUUCGAGUUCGUCGACAUCCUGCGGGAGAAGUUCGGCUUCUCCUACGAAAUCAUGCUGCCCGACGAGAACAUCCUGGGCGACGCCACCAGGGGCAUCCUCGGCCUCCUCCACAGCAAGAAGGUGGACAUGGCCGCGGCGCUGCUGCCCGUCACGCCCACCACCAUGAGGCUGGCCAAGCCGUCCAUCUCGCUGGGCGAGACGGAGUUCGUCAUCCUGAUGAAGCGGCCCACAGCGUCCGCCACGGGCUCCGGGCUGCUGGCGCCCUUCACCACCGAGGUGUGGCUGCUUAUCCUCGUCUCCCUGGUGCUGGUGGGCCCCGUCAUCUGCGUCAUCAUCAAGAUCCGGAACUACCUGGUGCGCCGGAAGCGGCCGCUGCUGGUCCCGGACGACGACCCGGAGCCGGAGGACUACUCGCUGCCGGCCUGCGUCUGGUUCGUGUACGGCGCGCUCAUGAAGCAGGGCUCGACGCUCAGCCCUCGCACAGACUCGACGCGCAUGCUGUUCGCGACGUGGUGGCUCUUCAUCCUGGUGCUCACGGCCUACUACACGGCCAACCUCACGGCCUUCCUCACCCUCUCCAAGUUCACGCUGCCCAUCACGGGCCCCAAGGACAUCCCCAGGCGGUACAAGUGGUUCGCCGAGCAGGGCAGGAUCCUGGAGAACGCCAUCUUGAACGAGACGUACUUGCCGGAGCUGCUGCCGCCGCGGUUCGAGCCGCUGCCGUACCUCAACGAAACGCGGGAACAGAGGGUCCUGCAGCUCGUCAACGAUGAACACCUGGUGUUCCUGGAGGAGAAGCGCAAGGUGGAGUACCUCAUCUUCCGGCAGUACGUCAAGCUGACGGCGGCCAACGAGAAGGAGUCGCAUCGCUGCAAGCUGGCUAUGACGCCCCAGUCCUUCAUGAGUCACACGCUGGCCUUCUUCUACCCCUUCAACUCGUCGCUGGUCAAGCUGUUCGACAAGACCCUCAUCAGCCUGCUGGAGGCGGGCAUCAUCAAGUACCAGCAGCGGCGCGCGCUGCCGCUCAACCAGAUCUGCCCGCUCGACUUGAACAACAAGGAGCGCCAGCUGCGCAACGAGGACCUCAUGACCACCUACAAGGUCAUCGGCUCGGGCUUCGUGGCGGCCAUCGUGGCCUUCGUGGCCGAGUUCGUCAUGCAGGGCUGGCACCGGCAGCGCGCCAAGAAGCGCGCCGCCAGCGCGCAGCGGAAGGUGAGGAAGGGGGCGGCCAUGUGUCGGCCAGUUGUGGGCUGACCCGUAGUGGUAAUGGUAAUGGCGAGGUAGGCCGCGCGCUCCUCACUGGUGUUCGGCGGGCCGGCCUAUGCCGCGGUUCGCAGGCGCUUCAGCGCGCCGGUGUCGUGCCAUGAGUGUAGCAUUGGCAGAAGUGUGGAGUGCAGCCAUCGCGCGGUGGCUGUACCCAUCCCGGCAGUCCGCACGUCGGGGGCACAAUGGC